UGGGAAGAUUGGGUAUUACCCUGAAAAGACCACACGUUUGAUCUUAAAUCUUGCCUGUUUAGGAUCUUGAGAAUUAUCAAGAAACAAGGACCAUUUGGUUAAGUAUUUCCUGCAUUUCUCAUCAGUUCUUGGGGGUGGCACAGCUUGUUCAAAGCAACAACUGUGUGGUAGGGUUGUAGAAAGAUGGGGUCUGUGUUACCUUUCAGCUGAUUCAGUGAAGAGUAAAUAAGUUUGUGCUUGGUUUUUUUCCUUUUUUUUUUUUUCAUUGACUUCUUUUUCCUCUGACUUCACCUCUUUGUCUGUGGGACGGAAUAAAAAGGAAUGUGAUGGUGACUGGUUCCCUUUUCUCACCCCAUGCAGAAUAUUGUUGCCGGUAUGGUGACUUCAGGAAUAUGGAAACAGCCCAAGUUAAUUUUGCAUAGCCAGCAAUAGCUGGGUUAGUUGUACUGCAGAGCUGAUGCAGCAGGGUGUAGAGCUAAGCUUUCUCAGGCAAGGUUUUCUCACAGUUUGAAAUGUUACUACUCUUUUUUUUUUUUUUUUUUCCUGCCUGGCUUUUGGGAUCUUCACGCUUUGCAAGGGGCCAACAGUUUGUUCAUUUAUUCUAUGAACACUAUAAAGUGCUUUGACUCUAUGGCAGUAAGCAGAAUGGAAGUGUGUGGAAAAUACAUGUAGUUUUUGAUUGAAAAUUUGCCAGGUUGCUUGUGUAUACUGUAUUGGUAGUUUCUCUUCCUCCAGAAAUGAACGGUACAUUGACUGGUCCAUAUGGAUUUAUUCUUGUGCAUGCAGGUCAGGUCUGAAGGUAUUUGUUUCUGGUUACAUACCAAAGCCAGUUUCAGAUGUACACAAAAGCAGACUUGCCAUUGUGACCCCAGAGGUGGUAUAAGCCGUGAAAUUGUGCUUCAGAAAUGGUGUGUGUCCAGUUUUGUCUUUACAGUGGCUCACUUUGAAAGGAGAUACAAGGUCUUAACGUUCACUGCUUUUGCUGUGCUGGUCCUUGUUCCACCAUGCUAGGCUGGUUUUUGAAGUAGAGUAAAAGGUUUGUUUUAGCAUGCUUCAGGGUGAAGUAUUGGAGGCAUUUGGACAGACAAAGCUUUCAAGUGAGCUGUAAGCUAGUUUGGGAAAAUGCUUAUGCUUAGCUGUGCUGGAUGAUUUAGAGGCGUAUUUUAUACAUCCCACAAAGUCUGAAACGCAGGCUAGCCUGGGAGGUGGUGAUCUACGUUUCAGUUAGUACCUCUCCCUCUGACAAUGGGUUGUCUACAGUGAAAGUCUAGAAAUGCUUGUAGUCAGUGGUGAAACACUGGAGCUUCUAGUCCUGACCCAAGACUAAACCAGGACAGAUUCUUUCUGUCCUAAAAGUGGCUAUUUCCCCCAUAAAUCAUAAAUGAACACUAGUGACUAGAUGAGGGGAGAUCUGCAUGUGGCCCAAUUAAUCCCAUCUGCCUGCAUUUGAGGUGGAAGAAGAAACAUUUUUUGGAUGGUUCAUAUAAUCUAUUCUGAAGUCUCUGCCUGUGGAUUCCUGUUCAGCUCUUUCUAUAAUACUAAAAGUGAGGAGGUGACAAUGAACACUGGUGAUGCCAUAUGAGAAAUAUUUAAAUGAAAGAAUUCUCUGGAAGGCUAUAAAAGAGAAUAGCAGCCCUUAAACAAGAAUGUGCUAAUAAAACAUAUCAACAAAACAUUGAGGAGAAGGGGGAAAAAAGAUGGUGGGAACCCUGUGCAGAACCAUGUAGUUUCAGGACCCAGUCACAAAAUGGAACAUGAGAUCUUUUAAGAGACAACUGACAGCUGAGAUGGGAGCGAACUAGGACAAGAAUCUUAGGCUUUUCUCUGUGUAAUUUGCUUUUCCCAGAGGCAGCAGUUACUUUAGCUGAUAAAAAACAAGGAAAACUGUCUAAAGCUUAAUUAGACAUUCUCUCUUUGAUUCCAGGAAAUGUUUUCUAGUCACUGGGAAAGUAAAAGAGGAACUUUACUGUCAACACAGUGCUUAAAGUUAGAAUUAGCUCUUUUCUGUCUUACCUCUGUUUUUGAACCCCUCUUAAAGGAUUGGAAGUAGAAGAUAGGAAACAUCCUCAGCCAUGAACUGGGUUGUCUGUUACAGCCAUCUUUUUUUUUUUUUUUUUUUUUUUUUUUUUUUUUCUUCUUUCUCUGUGCUUUGGGUUAUUUAUUCUCACUGGGAGCUUUCUGAGUGGCUAAAGGCAGAUGAGGGUAAUGUAAAGCUCCCUAUCCUGAUCCAAGAAUGGGGUUGGUCAUGUCUCUCCCUACCACCCCUCCAGCCCCCCAGUCCUGUUGACAAGUUGCUUAUUAUGAACACUAAGCUGGUUUGAGUUGAAAAAUAGAUCAAUUUCUGAACCUUGUAACUGGAUAGGAAGUUUACUUUUUCAGGCAUACUUCACUAUUUAUUUAAAAUUGUUUUGAGGCAUUUCUGUCAGCAUUUCCUCAUAGUAAAAUAGUUGCAGAAAAAACUAUUUUAGAAAUUUGGAAUGCUGUUCAUAUUCCCUGGAUGAAUUUGUGUUCCUCAUUUUGUGCCUGAUUCUUGUUCUUUAUGUAUGGCCCUCCUAGCACAUGGAACAAUGUGCUUUACUUGCACAGCCUUAGUCAAUCACAUUAUCCUUAGGAAGGAUUGAAGUUUCAGUUAUUUUGAGUGAUGUGGCUAUUUAAGGCCCUUUUCAAGAAAUUUUAUCUGGAUUUGACUUUGUGCUCUGAGAAGUUUCAUUGUUCACAGAACAAGUGAUUGCAGCAGUUUUAUGAACUGCAUGAAGUCUUCACCCUGCUGGGUUAUAAUUGAAUGCAAAAUUACCCAAAGCUCAACUUGCUUUUACAAAAUGUAUUUUGAAAUAUAUUUCAAGUUGAAUGUCUUGACUCCAGCUGCUGCAGCAGAUGUUUUGCGCAGAGAUGUGCUCUCUUUUGGUGUGCAUAAAACUGUCUAAUACUCUGAAGAAAUUACUCUGCAAAAUGUAAAUCCCUGGUGCAGUGUUGUGAUAAUGACAAAUAUCAGUCAAGACAAUUUAAUGAUGCUUGAUGUUGCACUGCAGACUUCGUUAAUCUGUGAGGAAAAUCACUCCUAAUUUAUUUUCUUUCUGUAGUGACAUACUGAAGCUGUUUAUUGUUGCAGAGAAAUUUAGGUUGGAAGGGACCUCUGGUGGUCAUCUGGUCUUUUUACCUGCUCAAAGCAUGUUCAACUAGAUCAGGUGUGUGUAUAUAUAUAUAUAUAUUUACUGAGGUACAAGAUGUCUGCCCUGAGGAUGAUUUCUAACAAAACCUCCCAGCAGGCCUUGUCUAACUCUGAUUACACCUGGGAGUACGAGUACUAUGAGUAUGGACCAGUAUCAUUUGAAGGCCUGAAGGCUCAUAAAUAUUCCAUUGUGAUUGGAUUUUGGGUUGGUCUUGCAGUUUUUGUCAUCUUCAUGUUUUUUGUCCUGACCCUGCUGACGAAGACAGGAGCACCACAUCAAGACAAUUCAGAACCUUCUGAAAAAAGAUUUCGCAUGAAUAGCUUUGUGGCAGAUUUUGGAAGACCUCUGGAAUCAGAGAGGGUCUUUUCUCGUCAAAUAGCUGAAGAAUCCCAGUCCCUUUUCCAUUUCUGUAUUAAUGAAGUAGAACAUUUGGACAAAGCAAAACAAAGUCGGAAAGGUCUGGGUCUGGAAAAUAAUAUCCACUUCCAGGAAGUUCCCAGGAGCAGUGCAGUGUUUGAAGAGGACCUAAAUUGUCUUACAAAAUUUAACAUUCCUAACUUUGUGAACACCGAGCAGAACUCUUCGCUAGGUGAGGAUGAUCUCCUCAUCUCAGAGCCACCAAUCAUUUUAGAAAGCAAAUCAGUCAUGCAAGCUUCCCAUCGGAUCCUUGACUGAAGUCUUUAAGCUUCUGAAGGAUACCAUAAUAAUUUGUGAGAACUGUGAAGGCUGGAGCCUGGCACUGGGAGGUGUAUGAAUGUUCCUUGGCCAAGAAAAGCAUAAACCUCAAAUUAAGACUGAAGCAAGGAAUAAACAGGCAGCCCCUGGGGAGGUUUUGCAGCUUCUGCUACUCCCAAAAAGGACACCUGAAACUGAGCAGCACAAUGGAUAUCUGCUUAACUUCAAUUUCUGAUUCCUAACUGCUUUUUAGUGCAGGUUAAACCCAAUUUACAAAGCUUCCAGAGGGAAUACACCUUGCAUAUUAAAUUGUUUGGUUACAGUGUUUACAAAAUGCUACCACCACCUGCUGCUAAGUAAAAGCAAAUUGGUGCCUGUAAUUAUAGUACUUUAGGCAGCUGUCAGAAUGUCACUCUGUUGAUGACCUGGAAUUAGUAUACUACACACAAACAGUAAUUUGACUUUUUAUUGCUGAUGCAAACUUCCAGAUUGGCAAAUGUGAACUUCAGUAGCUAAAUUACAGGAUAUCGGAUUAAAAACUAUGCUGCUUUUGCUAAUAGUUACUAUACGCAAAUGGUGGUGGUAUGCUUGGUUUAUAGGCUGAACCUUCUUCUGCUUUUUGGCUCUAUAAAUGGCCCUUUCUUAAGUAAUGGGCUAGCAGGCUUUUAGUUGUUGGGAGGACCAGCUCUGAAAUCAUAGCUGAGCUGCACUUGUUCCAUCUUUUUAUACUCACGUAGGAGAACAUACAGCUGUUCUCCCAGGGAAGGGUUUGUUAAAAGAAUUGAACAGGUGUAAUUUCAAUCUCUAAUUUUUAUUUUUUAGAGAAGGAAUAAGGUUCUGAACCUUAGCCAGUACACUUCAGCUUUCUUCAAAAAAUGGUAACUUAUGGCCAAAUGGUUUUAGAGCAAGCACAAAAGAUGCAGAGGAGCCAGGUUCAAAUCCUCUGCGGGAUUUAGAAUACGAGUGCUCUGUAGGAAGAUCUUAAAUGAAUCUAGUAGAUUGAAGACACUGUGCUUAACUGAGUUUUCUUGAAACUAACCUGCUUUGUAUGCAACCUAUUUGUGUCAGUGACAAUGUAGCAACAACCUGCUGAUACAUUCUUCAGACACCUAAAUACUGAUUAAUUCAAUGUUUCUUCACCUGACAAAUAGAAAAAAUAGUGAAUGGGUUGUGCAUUUAAAGAAUAGGGGGGGGACACACCUCUUGUUUUUAUCUCCUGUGCCAUUAUCAUAAACCACUUAAAUCCAAAUUUCCUGUUUUUAAAUGUAAUUCUUGCACUACUUCCUAGUUCUGAAAAUAAUGGGAUUAUACUAAAAGCAAAACAGAUAUGGCUUAAAACUAGCAGAUUACUGAAAAUAGUUCACAAGAGAAGACUGAAGUGAACCCUGUUACAAAUGACCAUAGUUGCUUGGGCUGCAGUGUAGGCCUCCUGGAUGCUGCUCCAGGUGCAGGAAAGGCUCCUUUUACAGUAAGUACUCAGCCACAGGUAUGAAGGCUGUAGUCAUGGACUUUUCUCUUCCCAAAUUAACAAAUUUGGGAAAUCUGCCUUCUGAAUGUGGCAACUGCUUCCUCUUGAGGCACCUCUAGCAGCUGUUAGCAAUCUGAUGGUUAAGCUUUGUGUGAACUGAAGCUCAAUACAGUUCUUGUUAACAAGCUCUGGGACUUCUACUAAGUGUGGCUUUUAUAGCCCAUUUCUGGAUGAGUGAGCUGACUUCUGUGAUGUUUGAGCUAUUCUUUUUAAAUUUUUUUCCUUUGCCAUGCCUGGAAAGAGAAAUGCUGCUUAAAUGAGGGGGAAAAUCUGCAGAAUCCAUCUCCUGCAAUGGAGAAAUGAAGCUUAUUUUUAAAGCAUUUAAAACUACAUUUCAAAAUAAUGCAGGUCUGGUUUUAGAAAAAGAAAAGCUUGCUAUUCCCAGUGGGCUAAUCUAAGUUUUUAUUCUGCUACCUUAAAUCUUUGUGACAUUUUUUGGUGUAUAACUGCUACUUUUGGGAAAAAGGAAUAUUCAUGUGUAUGGAUGCUGAUGACACUGAAUGCCUAGAUGAAAAGUAUUUAAUAAAAUGAUUGAAGGAUAAUACCAACUUAACUUACAAUACAUUUGAAUUGUAUUCUUAGUUUCCUUCUGAAGCAUGAAUUAAUCCUGUAAAGGUAUUUAAGUGUUUGGUUCCUGCUUCUGUUCUUCCCUGAUGGUGGUUCUACUUUUUCAUCUUCUAACUUUAAAGACCUUGAUGCUACAUUUUACAGAAAAAUAACCUGGAAGUUCCCACUACACAGCUCUCACAUGACUUUCAGAUGCUCUGUGGCAGCAAUAGUCUGGUUCAGAUUUUUGCUCUGCCUCUGCAUUAGAGCAGAGUGAAAGGGAAAUGCAGAAACUUUCUGCAGUUUUCAAAAGUAGUUAUUUUAAAGCUGCUCUUUCUUUCUUUUUCCUUUUUAAGAACUAACAGACACAAUAUUUUUCCUCAGGGAAAGGUGAUUGGUAUAAUAACCAACUUUGUAUAAAUGUUUAAAAAAUUAAUCUUUUUUUAGAAAACAAACAUGAGUUGGUUCACUGUGAAUAGUGUGUUUUGGAUGGGGUAAUCCUUCCAAAGGAGUACUUGGAAUUGAAUGGUCUUUGAAAAUGGAAUUAUUGCAAGUUUUCUUACUGCUUAGCCUGUCUCGGUCUCUUCUCAAAGCUCACUAUAAAUGCAUCACCUGUGGUAGAUUUAACUCCACUGAAAAUUCCUUUAAGAUAAUUAUGUAUGUAUGUUUGCAUAAACAUGUAAUGUAUUCUGUAAGAACUUACUAGAUUAUGUGUUCCAGUUUUCAAAGGUGAAUAUUUAUAGAAUGUUCUGUGUAAACAAGUUUCAGUUGUGUACCUUUUUAAAAAAACCUGUAACACAAACCUACAAUAUAAAAUCAGAAAAUAGCCUGCUCAUGGAGAAAAGGGAAAAGUAAAACCAUGACUUUACUAAAAUCCAGUGAUAUAUGGUCCUGUGGCUAAAAGGUGAAGUACAUGAUGUGUAUUUGUCAUGCAAUUUAGUAUUUGUGCACCUGAGCCUGUGGAUCUUAAAUAUUUUAAUAAUGACCUUUUUUGUCCCUCUGCUUAAAAGAACCCCACAAGCUCCUUCACAAGUCACUGGCAAGGGAGGAAUUCAACUGUGCUUUCCCCCUUUUACUCUGCCCUGUCCUGUCCUCCUGGCAGUGAAAGAUGACAAAGCUAAAUAAAGCAACUGGAGAUGCUGCAGAGCUGGACUGCAUUUACUCCAUAGCCUCAGGUACUGACAGGUAGCAAGGACAGCACAGAGCCACAGCCUUUUACCACAUGUUCUCCAACAAGAGCAAGAGUUGAAGGCCUGUGCUUUCGUAUUAUUGGAUAAAAGGUAUGUAGGUAGCUGUAUGAAAGGCUGAAUGGUAAUGUUUGUUUAAAGCUAUUAGAGGACUUUCUGCUCAAGAGUCACGUCAGUGCUUGAUCCAUGCCCCCCUCUUCCCUGCAGAAGUGGAUUUGCACAGCUACUGCUAGUAUACAGAUAGGUUUUCCUUCUUUUUUUCCAGAAUAGGUUAAAUACUAGAUAAAGUGGUAGACUUCAAAAUGUAUUACAUACUAUCAAAUAAAGCUUUCAUCCAUGAUAACCUAUUUAAUUUGUUACAUGAACAAUGUUUUUUUGAGAACUUGAAAGAGAACACACUGCUUCUGUCUACCACACUGAGAUCUGAUAGUCUUCUGCACACCCUGUUUUCCUAUCUUGAAGCAAAUGUCUUCUCUGUAAUGUAGGUCAUUGAGUCACCCAGCCAGCUGCUCACUUGAUUUCCUAAAAGCUUUCAACAUGACAGUUCAAAUUAUUACACUCCAGCUGCUUUGCUGUAAACAAAUGAAUACAGCAAUGAUUCAAAGAAAUGAUGUUAAAGAUUUUUUUAGUCCAUUGUAGUGCCUUCUGGAAAUACAUGUUUAACUAGUAUGAUAUAAAAGGAAAAAAAAUGCACAAGGAGUAUAUAAUUCCAAUACUCUCUGAAAGAUCCCACUGAAAUCCUCUGUGGAAUACAGUAAAAGCUAGUAACCUCCUUAUUAGCCUUUGUUCUAUUCCAGGAUAUCUUCCCCUUUCUGUGCUGUUAAGACUGCUAGAGAGUCAAGAACUAGUAACUUAGCAGAGAAGUUAAAACUUGGACCUUAGUUCCCUCAAGAGAAAGAACACCAUUAUUACAGCUGUUCAAGACCAGAGAUAGUCUGUUAUGGUGUAGGCUGCCCACUUUAUGGUAAAUGGCUAAAAACUGAAGACUUCAGUGAGUGUACAACUACAUAAAUACAUGUGAAAAUGCAGUAUAUGUCUUACAGUAAUGGUAAAUAAUACCAUCCCUGGUCACUAAAAUAGACUCAGAGAAUUUAAUUGGAAAUUUGAUUCAAACUGUAUAAGAUACCAGCAUUUGCUGAGAACUGAAUAGAAGUGUUUGAAUGAACCACAUGACCACUAAGGCAACCCCUUCUUGAUGACCUAAGAGGGAGUGUUGCUAGCAACCAGAAAUGCUUUUCCCUAGGCAUUCCCAUCCUGGGCAACUUUCUGGGAAGACACAGGUUCCUGUAAUUUAAAAAAAUAAAUCACUUCAGGUAACACACACUUUACUACAGUGUUACACAUAUUGCAAGUUAUACAGGAAAUAAACAAUUGAAAUUACUGAAUUUUAUCUUUUUCAUUUGCAAAUUGGGCCCAAAUCAAGAAAAUACAACAUAUUUACACACAGCUGAUAUUUUAUAUACAAAGCAUUAUCAUGUUUAUGUAUUUUAUGAAUACAGACUAAUACUUCAUUACUGGGGGACAAAACAAUAUGACAAAUGCAAUAUCUGCAUAUGAAACAACCAAGAUUACCAUAUUCAUUACCAACUGACCUUUUUUUUUUAAUGUAUCUCUAUAUAUGUGUAUAUACUCUCACUCAAUGUUUGUGUAUGCUCAAAAAAAAAUAAUCCCUGCACUUAAUUACUGUGCCUAUACAUUAUAAUUUGGUUUACUAUUUUGAUUUUUAUGCAUGCUCAGUCACAUGCUUGUAUAAAACAAAAUGCACAUUUACUGCUGGCCCCUGAAGAAGCAUGAGAUGUAGAUUACAUAUACACUGACCUGAGCUAUUUCACAUUUGACUUAAAUGCUAACUUUGACCCCUCUUACAGGGACCUGAAGAGUACAUUCUGGCUUUUAUCUUUUCCUUGCCCUAAAUAAGUUCAGUUGAUUAAGCUACAACCUUAAUACAUGUACUCUGGAAUGCUUAAGGACUUUAAAGUGUCAGCAUUGAAAGUAAUGAUUUGCUGAUUUGUUUGAAGACCUGUCCUUCUAGUCCCCAAACAGCUCUCUACCUGGAAUUAUCUUCUUUUUCUAUCCUUUUACCAGCAGAUUUUUCAUAGAAGACCAGUGUAAUAUAGCCACCCUCAUCUUCUCUCCCCAGCCUCCUCACUGGAGCAGGGCAGCCCCAGGGGGUUCAGUGGUUCCUAAGGCUACAUUUUCUAGACUGCUGAUCAUUCUUUUCCCUCAAGUUAGUCAUCUCUUUCUUGAAACAAAGGGACCAAAAGCUCAGCACACUAAGUCACAUGUUAGCGAUGCAGUAGGAAUUGCUUCUGUGCUACCUAGUAUCUUACAGGCUGUACACUUAGGUGUGUAACUCUAGCAGGGCAUAAGAGGAGCAGGAGAAGGCACUGGUCUCUGACAAUCAGCUUGAUACCCACGACUGUUCCUGGUAGUUGAGCAGAAAGUUACAUCCCCAUUUGGUAUUUGGGUAAUGGAUUAUUCCUGCUUAAGCAUACUUGUCUCCUUUGUCACUCCUGGGGACUACAGGUGUUUGGGGGUAUUUUCUGGCCUCUUUUCCAACUUGCUCAGUAUUUUAACUCUAAAUUUGCCCACUACCAUAUCUUUGCAGGCUGAGCAAUAGUACAUUGUCUUUACAUCUGAUGGGACUCUUUGUUCUGUCAAGAUCAUCUAUAAAGAUACUACUAUGUGAGAUCCAGAAUAGCCCAGUGUAAAAAUCUUACUCAAUAUAGCCUUCCCUUUUAAAGGGAAUCCCAAUAACUAUUCUCACACUGUAUUUUAUAGGCUUUUUUCAUCUCUGCCCCAUAACAAUUUAGCUAGACCACUCCACCAUCAUUCUUACUAGCACAGCUGGAAAUACCUGCAAAGGAAGGUCUAGUUUGAAUUUGAGCAUCACCAGAGAAUGCCUGCUCUGUGAAUGAUUGGAGGGCUGGAGCAAAGUUAAAAGGGGUCUUAAAAGAUAAGGGAAGGAACAUUUUAUGAAUUAGAGGGAGAGAAAAAAAAUGUGGGAAAAAGAGGAUUUUCAUGCCCUACUGAAUGAAAAAUAAUCCCUAUACACUAAAAAUACAAGCCAUAUUACAACCAUAUUACUCAAAUUGUUCACAGAGGAAUAACUAUAAGACAAGUUAUAAAAAAA